UUCAGUGAUAUUAAACUGCUGAAGGUAUAACGUACAUUGCAUCAACGAAGAACAGCAUAAUAAAAAAAUGUCAAAAUCAAUGCAGUGCAGUUCCAAUACAAAACAGGAGCAAAGCUCUAGAAUUGUUGUCCAGGCCACCAAAACAUAUUCGAACAGCUUUUGGAAAAUUACUAACCACCAAUCGGUUCAAGCCUCGAGCGUCGAAGUCCGGAAAGAAUCAGCAGAAAGAAUUGUUCACAAUGGGUCAUUAUUUAACCAAACAGCCAACACCUUAUUCCUACCCCAAGGCAGCUCUCCAAUAAAAGACUCGAUCAUUCGUACCACCAACAUGGAAAAUAGAAUAAAAUAUCCGCCAAAAUCGCACAAACCGGCAGUUGUCAGCAACGGAUCACCCGGACCAAGUUUUGAAGGUGUUGGAAGACUGCAGUUGGAGCGGUACAACCUCCGCGAUGGCAAGGCCUAUGUUUUGAUUUUCCACCACACAAAAUUUUUAAACGAUUGCUCAGCGAGUCGCGAGGGCAGCGAGAAGGAUUUAGCUUUACUAAAGAAGUUCUUCACCAAGUACCGCGUCAAAAGUCUAGAUAUUUGCGAAAACUACACAGUCGACAAAGUGAGAAAAAAAAUGGCUGAUAUAUCCAAGAAAAAUUUCAGCUCUAUAUGUUGUUUGCUAGUUAUUAUAAUGAGUCACGGUGACUCCAAAGAUUUAAUUAAGGCCCGCGAUGGUAUGUUCAAUCUCGAAGAGGAAAUCGUGGAACUAACUUUACUAAACGAUACACUGAAAAAUAAGCCUAAAAUAUUCAUCAUACAAGCUUGCAAAGGAAGAGCGGUGAUGGAAACUGAUGCCAUUCGGAGCGCUACAAACAAGAAUGAUAUAAUGAAAUGUUUCAGUACCUAUGAAGGUACGGCAGCAUUUAGAGAUCCCCUUAGGGGUACAUUUUUUAUACAAGGGCUGUUCAGUCUCAUAGAAGAGAAUGGUGAUAAGGAUCUAAAGGAAUUGAUGACUCUUUUGAGGAAAAAAUUUAUUGAUGAACGAUUCCAACAAGUACCUACUGAUAUGUCAACGUUAACGAAAAAAUUUUACUUCAGGGACCUUAAAUUAAAUUAAAUCUUCAGUUUAUAGUAUUAUAUAAAAAUUGAUGCAGAGCAUCAUCUCGUAUUUUUUCAAAAAUGUGCUACGGCGACCAAAUUGACAGAUUCUAGGGUACAGAUUCAUAGUGAUUUUUUCCGGAGCCUCGUUUUCUUUUUUUCUUUAUUAUUUAAACCAAUAUGGAAAAAGCUAAGACAAGACAUGACAAUUGGGGUUGUUUGUGUUGGAAUUGUUCGAGAGUAUGUUGCAGCUUCAAAUUGUUUGAUUUUGACAACUUACACUAAAGAAAUUGAGUAACAAAAUAAACUGUUGGAAUAGUGAAA